AUGGCGUCGCUUCCACCACCACCUUCGCCAGUCCAUCUCUUGCGGUCACACUUCAGCCCAGUCAACGUUCUCUCCUUUUCAAAUGACAACGAGCGAUUAUACUCUGGGGAUACCUCAGGACUUGUCGUUAUCACUAGCACCCGCUCGCUGCGUGCCAUAGCGUCGUGGAAGGCGCAUUCGGACGGUUUGCUGGGUGUAGAAGAAUGGGAUGCUCACAUUAUCACGCAUGGAAGGGACAAUAAAAUCCAUGUGUGGGCUCGCAUCGACGAGUUCCCUGCGGCUGCUUCCAUAAGACUGGGAGGUUCAGCUUCACUGCCAGGCCUACCCACCCCAAACCUACGCUAUUCCCUGGACGUAAAUGCGUUGAACUAUUGUCGCUUUUCACUUUUACCUCUGCUUCAGGCAGAGCAUGCUAUCCAGAAUACUGACACUGAGGCACUGAUAGCUGUGCCCAAUCUUGUCGAGUCUUCACUGGCAGACGUGUGGACAUUGCCUGCUUGCCAGCGACUACAUGCAGCUAUAGGCAAACAGGAAAGCUCUGACACAGAGUCAGACGGGCGUGGAAAUCGACAGGCUGAAGGUAUAAUCAUGUCCAUGCAUUUAUUCACAACUCUUCCAGACACCGCAUCAUCUUCUAGCUCGCCACGAGAACUGCGUUUGCUCUGCGCAUAUGAGAAUGGCGGUGUCAUACUCCGCAGAUAUACUGGACCCGAAAAUAAAAAAACUAUUGAGGGCAUUGGAUGGCAAGUAGCAUGGAGUAGCACACUUCAUGUUGAAUCUGUCAUGGCCAUGGCAGUCUCAAGGGCCUGUACAUUUGCUUUAACCGUCUCUGCAGACCACCUCGUCGGGCGUUAUGAUUUGAUAAGUGCAGGGCUGCCUGGCGUUUCGUUAGAAGAUGCGUGUAAGGUAUACAGGACCAAGAAACCGGGCAACGCUGCCAUUGCUAUUCGCGACGACGGGAAAGUGUGUGCAAUCGGAGGGUGGGAUGGCAAAGUAAGACUUUAUUCCACCAAGACAAUGAAGCCACUGGGAACGCUCGAAUAUCACAAGCAAAGCUGCCAAGCGGUCGCGUUUGCUAGAUCAACACCGUCCAUGGAAAAAGAGCACGACUCCACUGUACAGUCGGGCCUCCUGGAAGUUACGGAUGAUGAAGAGAGCGACGAUGAGAUGAGCGAAGAAGAAAUGCGGAAAAGAGGUCUUUGGCUAGUUGCUGGAGGAAAAGAUAGCAGAUUGUCUGUGUGGACUUUGAUGAGCUUCGACAAAAGGUGAUACUACAACUUUUCAGUCGCAUACGAAACAGUCCCAUCCGAUAUUAAAUAGGUGAGGCUGGUGAGUUAUCGGAAGAUGUACAAUCGACAACAAUUUCGAAGCUCAAAUAUUCUUUCAUAUCAAUCGGAUCAGUACUGGUAGUAUCCCCACAUGAAAGCACUGCGAGACAAACAACAAAUGUUAUACGAUAUUCGGUAAUAAAUAUCAAGUCUUGGAAUAAAGAUUGCAGCACAAAGACAUUCUCUGAAGAAAUAAGAUGAAUAAAAAGAGCGAAUAUUUGACACUGGCACGAAAGUCCGUGGUUGACAGUAGAAACGCUAACGCUGCUCUUGGCGCUCCUGCAUUACGAUUAUACAUUUACAAGGAGAAGGUCGGGAAGGAAGGACAAGAUGAGCUAACUGUGGCUAUAAUAAACCAGCAGCUCUUAGAUCUUGCAGCAACCUAGCUUGCUCUAGCGUAUGGCGGUCUGGUACGAUUGAACUGGCAUUUCUGUGUGGAGGGGAAGCGGCAGGAGGUGUGUCUGAUGCUCGGGGCUCUGGAAUAUCCUCUUCAUGGUACAUUCCGAAAACACGCUCAAUAUUCCGUCUAGUGGAAAGAUCUAGCUGAAUGUCUUCAGGGGUGACGACGGUAGGCGUAGAUGAUGCACGAAUGGAAGACUCCCAUCGCUUUACACGCCAAUAUCCGAUCAGGGAGGAAAGGAGGAGGAACCAA